AUGCAAAAACCGCGACAAGAUAGUCAUUUAAAUCCGACACAUUCUUCAUUAUCUCUUCAAUUAGAAAAUGGUUCAUUUUUAACAAGUGACACUUGUUUAGAUCAUAUACAAUUGGAUGAUUUAGUUGCACCGACGCACGAUUGUUCCUGUUUUAAACUACCUCCAAUUCGAUUAAAAACACCGAAAUUACAUUAUCGUCAUAAAGAGAAUCAAUCUAGUGAAAAGUUGGACUCUGUUUUAUCCAGAUAUAGUUUACCAAAUAAUCAAAUUACAGUGAACACAACAAGCACAGGAAAAACACCACCGCCACAACCACAACAGCAGCCGCAACAGCAGUCAAUUAAUCGUCCAAAUGAUUUCAACAAUAACGAUACACCAACACAACCAAAUACAAAUACAAAUAAACUUAGUAUCUCUUCAAUUAAAUUAGAAGUUCCAGUGUUGAAUUUCACUAAUUCAACAAUACAAGAUAGUAGUAGUAUACAACAAAUUCAUCGAAAUAAAUUUCAUUGGACAUUGAAACGGUUGUGUAUGUGUAAAAAAAAACAUGAUUGGAAAUGGAAGAAUGUUACACAUAAACCGCAUAGUGAACAAUUGAAACAAUUAAGUUGGCAAAUUCUAUGGUAUAUAUUGACUACAACAUUUAUUAGUAUAUCAUUUGUUUGUUUUAUCGAAUGUGUACCGAAUAUUUAUGUUUAUACUUAUUGGGAUAAUUCAACAUUUCAGGUAAAUUUUAAGUAUUAUUUAUGA